ACAAUUUAUUUAUUCUCUCAUCACCAUGCAGAGUUUUUAUUUAGAAAUAUUGUAAGACACACGUGUCAUAUUUAUUUUAUUCCUAAAAUAACGCCCAUACUCACUCCGUAUCCAAAAGAAUUUUGACAAAUUAAUGUAAAAUUCGAAAUAAACCAAUCGGAGAAAUGAAUAAGAAAAUUAAAUAUCUUGUCGCAGAUACUACUGCUUUCAUAAACGCUGUUCCAUUGAAUGAAUAUGCUGAUAAUGUUUUAACUGUACCUGAAGUUGUAUCUGAAGUACGUAAUAAACGACAAAUUAAGCGUUUAUGUGUUCUGCCAUACGACCUACAAGUGCGUGAGCCACGUAUCGAAAGUGUUAAGCAUUGUGUGGAAUUUUCGAAGAAAACUGGUGAUUAUAUAUCAUUAUCAGGGAUUGAUAUAAAAGUCAUUGCGCUUACCUACGAACUGGAAGCGGAUAUGAUGGGUACUGAUCAUUUGCGCAAAGAACCAAUUAUGUCGACAAUCAUAGCAUCAAGAGAAAAACCUCAAGAAUUGCAAGAUAAUACUAAGCUACCCGGGUGGUAUAAUGGCGAUAGCGACGAUAGUGGAACUGAAAAUGAAGAGUCGCCAAGAGACGGAGAUAAACAAAUCGACGAUUAUACAGUAGACCAAGUUAAGGAAAGCAUUGAAAAACAACUGAAAAUUUCCAAAAAUUGGAAAGAGGCUGAGGAUGUUACUGAAAAAGAAUUGGAAGAUUUAUUUGAUAAGCUCGUAUGUGAUGCCGAUGAUGACACUAAUGAAAAUCUUUGUGACAAUUUAACACUUAAUCCGGAAAAUGGCGAAGACUGUACGAAUGCCCGGCAAAAUGAACGAGCUAGCAAGAACGAUUCGCUGUUUACUACCAGUGAUACUGAAGACGAUGGGAAUUGGAUUACACCUAACAAUAUUCAAAAAGUCAAGCAAUCCAUGAUGGGCAAAAUUGGAAACGAUAUAAUUCCAGAGGUAGCCUGCAUGUCUACUGACUUUGCUGUACAAAAUACUUUAAAACAAAUGAAUCUAAACAUUACAAGUUUAAAUGGUUGCACCAUAACACAUAUGCGUACAUACAUUUUAAGAUGUUACGCUUGUUUUAAAACAACUAGUGUAAUGACCAAAUUCUUCUGCCCAAACUGUGGUAAUAAGACGUUAAAAAGAGUUGCCGUUAGCCUAGACGAAAACGGCAAACAAAUGAUACACAUUAAUACAAGACGCCCUCUAACAAGGAAAUACAAAAAUAAAAGUAUUCCCCGCUUUCGGGGAGGUAAGCACUCGCAUAAUCCUAUAUUGUUUGAAGAUCAACCCAUACCGCGCCAGAUGCCUUCGCGUGUAGCGCGAACAAAAACCAAUGCUUUAGAUGAAGAUUAUAUAGCGGGACUGUCACCAUUUGCGAUGCGAGAUAUAGAUUCCAAAUCGGCGAUGCUGCGCUCUAAAGGUCAUGUCAAAGAAUGUGCACGCAAUACCAACUAUGAAGAAAGCCGACGUCGUAAACAAUAUAGUCGCUUGUUUCCAGGAUAAUCGGGUAAAUCCAGU